AGACAAGAAACAUAAAGACUCAAAUAUAUCUGAUGAAACCCCACAACUUAGUAAAUCGGAUAUAGAUCUAGAUGUUAUCAUGAAUGAACCUGCAGCAUUGAGUAUCAACUGUGUAGAACGGGAAGAAAAAUUAAAUCGAAAUGAUAUUGAAAACAUGAUUCAACAUACAGUGACCAAGACUAUAAAAGAUCUGAAUCGAAAACAAACUCAGCAGAAAGCUAACAAGCUCUAUACAUAUUAUCUGUAUGGGCAAGAAAACCAUAUCGUAAAGAAUUGUCCGAACCAAAACAAGGGUGAAAGUCAGACCAAUAAGGCCAUAACAUUCAAUAACACUAAUAUACGUCUUGUAGAAUUUACAGAGAAAGGUUCCACAAUUAGUGGUAAAUAUUUAAAGGUUGAACUAUUAGACGAUGAUGAGUGUGGUGAUAUAAAAGCGUUUGGAAAAAGAAAAGGAAGAAUGAGGUUACUGAAUCAAUCGAACCGUUAG